UCGGGCUCCCCUGUUCCGCCGGACCCUCCUGGCUCCCCGGAUCCGCCCUCUGGCUUCCCUGGUCCGCCCCCGGGCCGCCCGCCGGACCCUCCUGGCUUCCCUGGGCCGCCCUCUGGCUCCCCUGGUCCGCCCUCUGGCCGCCCGCCGGACCCUCCUGGCUCCCCGGGUCCGCCCUCUGGCUUCCCUGGUCCGCCCUCGGGCCGCCGGCCAGCCUCUCAUGGUCCGCCCUCUGGCUCCCCUGUUCCGCCCUCGGCCUGCCCGCCGGAUCUCCCUGGCUCUCCUGCUCUGCAUUCAACCUGCCCCCCUGAACUUCCUGGCUCCCCCUGUCCGUCCUCAGGCUGCCCGUCGGACCAACCUGGCCCCCCUGAACCCCUUGGUCCCUCUGCUCCGCCCCCGGGACGUCCGCCCGAACCCCUUGGUCCCUCUGCUCCGCCCCCGGGACGUCCGCCCGAACCCCUUGGUCCCUCUGCUCCGCCCCCGGGACGUCCGCCCGAACCCCUUGGUCCCGCUGCUCCGCCCCCGGGCCGUCCGCCCGAACCCCUUGGUCCCCCAGCGCUACCCUCUGGCACCCUGUCUAGCCCUGAGUUUCCAGUUCUGCCCUGCCUGUUCCCCUAACUCUUCCCUGUCCUGAAGCCCUCCCUGUAUUCCCAGUUUGGUUUUGGACCCUGGACACCCAUCAGCCGGACCCCAGUACAUCCUCCCCCCCGUGUUAACCUGCUAAACCCCCUGUCCUAUAGGAAGGCCGCCGGGAGGCGUCCAUUGAGGAGGGGGCCCUGUUGUGGUGGCAGCCCGGCUGACGGUGAGUGUCCUGGUUUUUUCUACUUUUUAUCAGUUUUUCUGCUUUUUCCAUUGGUUUCCUGUUCUC